CAGUAUUAGGUACCCACAAUGCAAUGUGCGCAGGAGCCAGCAUUGUGUCGCUGUCCGUGGUGCUGAUGUGAAUGUUGUAGCUGCGAGUCGUCGUGUACUGGUGCUUCUGGAGGAGUGAGCGCCGGAGCCACAUCGCAUCGGAAAGCAAAACAGAACGGGAGAAGGGAGGGCUGCCGCGGCGACUGUUUUUGUUAUUUGUUUGUUUUUGUUUUUUGGAGGGAGAAGGGGGGGUCUCGCAUCCUUUAUGCACAGUACAUUGUUUCAGCUUAUUCAGAGAAAACAGGCAUUUGAAUUUAAAAAGCAUGGCCAGCCGCUGCCAGUGAAAGACAUGGAAGCGAAACAGCAUACCAUAAAGAGCUUGAAAAGCUACCCAGAGGCUGGGGGCAGGAGCCUGGCCGCGGCCGCGGGUGGGGACGGCUUCCGUGCCAAAGCAGAGGUGGAAAUGGAGUCAAAAAUCCAAAAAGCGGUAGAGUUUAAGGUGGAGGGAAACCGCUGCUACAAGGAGAAGAAAUUCAGGGAGGCGAUUGGGAAGUACCACCGGGCUCUGCUGCAGCUCAAAGGGGUGCACGCCGGGGAAGGGACGACGGGGUCCGACGUGAAUCUGCUCAGCAAAGCCAACAGCAAGCUGACCGAGGAUCAGCAGAGGCUCAUUGAAAGCACGGAGAUGGAGUGUUACGACAGCUUGACUGCAUGCUUACUGCAGUCGGAGCUGGUGAACUAUGAGCGUGUGAAGGAGUACUGUCUGAAGCUCCUGGGAAAACAGAAGGAUAACUUCAAAGCCAUGUACCGAGCAGGCAUCGCCUUCUACCAUCUGGGAGACUACGACAACGCCCUGCUCUACCUGAAAGAAGCAAAGAGACGAGAGCCCACAGAUACGAAUGUGUUGCGAUACAUCCAGUUGACAGAGAUGAAGAUGAACAAGUGCAACCCGAGGGAGAGAGAGUGCAGUAAAGAAGCGCUGGGCUAGCUGCCAGACCCAUUACCCAUGACUUCCAGACUGUUUUGCUGUUUUUGCGAGGAUUCUGGCACAUGACCUCAUGUUGCUACAGCCAUGGGGGGAAAGUCAGGACCCUCUUCUUGGCAGAUCAGCGAAACCUUCACAACAGGAGCCAAAAAAACCCUGAAACUAAAUCAAGGAACACCGCAUCCCAUUAUACAAAUCAUGUAUGUUGCUUUUUUAUUUUUUAAACUAGACCGCUUAUCAGCUGAGACACCUUGGGACAAAUGCAGUACACUGUACUCUAGGAAUAAGGUCAAGUAAUGUUAUAUUGCUAGUGCGCUAAGAUUUUCAAAUAGCAAUUUAUAUAGUUGUCUGGUGUUAGCGAAAAGUGUAUCUUUCUAUAAUUCAAAAUGCAAGAUGGAAAGCAAUUAGGGGAAGUGUUGUGGGCCAAAUGGGGUUUAUUUUCCUGCGCCCUUUAUUAAACAAGCUUAAAAUUGUGAUUUCUUCGGGGCUAAGUGGUUUGAACUGCAGGCUAAUUCGCUAUCCUCUCAGGCCUUUCACUUUUGGAGGACUGAGUGGGGAUCCAGCUGCUCAAUUUUCAGUCUCUGCUUAGAAAGGCCCAGGAUGAAAUCUCAGACAGUGGUCAGGAUUGAGGUGUGCUCUCCCAUUCGCUUGCAGCCUAGUUAUUUAUGUGUGUGUGCAGCUCACUUAAAGUGUUUGUGUUUAACAGAAUAAUUCCAUAUAUCUUAAGUGUCAAUUUUAAAAGAAACACAUGUUAUAUCAAACAUGGAUUUAUAAAACAUGAUAGCCGGUACAAGACUCGUUUCCGGAAAGUUUUCACGCUCCAUGUCUUUCCACUUGCACUAGGUCGCUUCACCUCAGCAGUGUCUUCUGGGUCAUGUUCCUGGCUGACCCAGGAAGUUCAACACUAUUUAAAAGCAGGGCUUGCAUCAGAGAUUUCGUAACCAGAUGGUUGCUUGUGUUUCUUACAUAACUGCACAUUUGAGACCUAUACAGCUAAUGGAAGUGCACAACAGGUAGGAUCUAUGGAAUUACUUUAUGUUGUAAAACUGAAGACUUUAAAAAUGUCAUUGCCCUGUAUUAUAAUUACAGCCUGCUCACUGGCGUGCUUUCACUUUAUUUCUUCUUGAGUCAGGUGGCAGUUAACAAAAUAAUUCCAUAAAAAAUACCUGCUGUGCACUUUCAUUCACUAUAAAGAUCUCAUAUGUGAUAGAAACACAUGCUCUAGCAAACAUGCAUUUUAAUUAAAACACAUAUAUACAUAUAGAACUAUAUUAUUAUUAUUUGUUUAUUUAGCAGACGCCUUUAUCCAAGGCGACUUACAGAGACUAGGGUGUGUGAACUAUGCAUCAGCUGCAGAGUCACUUACAACUACAUCUCACCCGAAAGACGGAUCACAAGGAGGUUAAGUGACUUGCUCAAGGUCACACAGUGAGUAUGCCGGGAUUUGAACCAGGGACAUCCUGGUUAAAAGCCCUUUUCUUUAUAACAGUCUCAGACUUAAAUCAAGGCAAGCAAACAGUCUUUAAGCCUUAGUCAUCUGCAAUAAUUGGGCACUAGUGGAAUGCGGACAGGGGUGCAAAUGUACCCCACAUACAUAAAUGCGGUUAACUUAGAAUUUAAUGCAAAAUAACAAAACCAGUUUAUAUUAUUUUUUAAAAUGUCUUUAAAAUGCCACAGACACAAAUAUAAACCGCAUAAAUCAUUAUUAUAUUGUACUUGGAAACUUAACGUACAAAAUCUAUUAAAUAAAAAAUUUCUCUACACAUACUGUGCUUCAAUAUGAAGUUGCAUUGCACAUAAAAAAACGGGCUUCAGUCUUUUUGGCGAAAAUAAAAAACACAUUGCACAUACCUCAGAAAAAAAGAAAGAUUCCAUCCCUUUGAAAAAUAAAAAGAGAACGCCAGUCCAAAUAGCACCGUUAUCAGAGUCCUGUAAAGAGGGGCACAUUGACUGAACUGCCUGUCAUCUCUCUCAGUGCAUCGAUUCUACAAGUCAACAGAGUCUGAGUGGUAGCCCAGUAUAUGAAAUCAAUUUUUUUCGAUAAUGUACUAUAGGAGACAAUAAGCAGGCUACUGUAAAGAAUGCAGUACUCAAAUAGUGCUGAAAACGUAUGUAUUACACACUCACAGAAGCUCAUUCUAAGGUAGGAAAUUGACUACAUAGGGAUAAAAGAUGACUAUGUAGGGCUAAAUCAAUAAUUUUAGAAGUAAUACAGUUACUACAUCUCCCCCAGCUCCCCUGCAGCUCUCAUCACUAUUCUGCAAGUAAACAGGAGCUGUACGUGGCAGUCUAUACAGUAUAUGUACUCUUUCAGGUAAUUAGCAGGUUGCUGUAGUUAUGAAAUACUUGCUGGAAACGAAUGCAUAAACAUAGAUGGACACUUUCGUGAAACUAUUGGCUAAGCAAAUAAAUAAUCAAUAAUUUUAGAAGCAAUGCACUGUUUCUACAUCUCCCUCGGCUCUCCUGCAGCUCUCAGCAAUCUACUCUGCCAGUACGCAGGAGCUGUGAUUGUGGUAUGUCAAAAAUGUAGAUAUAAACCUCAUAUUGCAGAAAGGGGUGCAAACGCACCCCAAAAAAUGAUCUUGUGAACUUUGAAGAAGAAUUACUCCUGUUUCCCCGGUUGGACAGGUUCAUUCUGGGUAUCACAAUAAAGGUAAGCGAUUGAAGUUGAAUCACCUCUAAGGAUAUCAUGUGGUCUUCGAAGAGUCAUGAGCUAUGCUCAUUUAAACAUUUGCAUUUGCAGUUUAGUACCAGAUAUCAUGUUUUUAAAUAUAAAUCUUUGCUUCUUUCAAAAUUGUGCAUGAGAUCUACAUAGCGAGCAGACGUGCUCAACUGGUAAUAAUUAUGGAAUCGUUUAAUUAGCCAUAAUCCCUUUAAACUGGGGAGAGCUGAAGCAUAUAGAAAAUUAUUUAGUCCAGUCAUUGGUGUUAACAGCAAUAUAGACUGAAAUGCACCCAAUCCUAUGGUGUAGCUUACAGGUCUGAUUGCAGAUAGACCACUGGAGUAAAUCUGACCUUCAGCGCAGUAGGUGAUAAUCUAACAUUGACAAGAGAAGAACCACAGGAUCCAGAGAUAAAGAAGUGGAUUUAAAAGCCUUGCUUAGCACUAAUUUAAAACACUGUUCUACUGCUGUUAUAAUAACAUUAAAAAGGAGCAUGCUGUGCCCUUAAUAGUAUUUUUGUUUUACUUUUUAUCAGAACUUCAGAUUCUAGUGUUUUUACUACACCAGAGCUUGCACAUGACAUUCAUAACCUCCAGUCGCCGCAGGUAGUUGCAAGAGCGCGCUGCCAAGGACUGGACUGACUUGCUCACUCCAUUCAAACCAUAUGACAAAAAUGACCUUUCAACCUGUUCCCACCUACUCACCCUUUUUAUAUGUAGCACAGGUUGAACCAGCAGAUUUGAAGGGUGGAAUUGAAUGAGGAAGGCAGUUCAGUGCUGGGCUGCCCCCCCCCCCCAGACAAGCUGAAAGCAAGGGCAAAGUGAGGGAAGACAGAUAUUGAGAAAAAUGAUAUUAACUCAAUACUGGAGCAUCAACUGAUUGCAAACUUCAUAACAGGUGGAACAAAUAGCUUGAAUUACACUAGAAGCUGCUUUAGCUUGUGUAUGAUACUGCUAAGCUAAUUUACUGCAUAAUAUAUACUAACAGUUUUAAAACCAGUUCCUAUGUAAGUUCCCACAUCUAUUUUAGGAAUACAGUUGAAAUAAGUCCAAGAGGUGCUGUUAAUAGAACGAAAUGCUGUGUUAGGGAUGCAUAACACAUUUCAAAUGUAUUUGAAUUGUCAUCCAUCGUGUCGAAACAGCCAGUGUUCUGCACUUUAGGCAUCUUUAAGAUCAUGUCAGUGACUUUCAAAAUCACCAUUUCUGAUAUUUAUUUUUUCUGGUAAAAAAAGAACAAAGAACAGAACAGUGUAAAACAGUCUACUCCGUGAUGCACCAUUUGACCAGCAGAGUUGUUCAAUAAUGUCAAUAUUUAAGUAGAAUUGAAAACAACGCAAAACAUUGUGUGUGAAUUAUGAAUCGCCUGUAUAUCUUUGUCCUGCUUCCAAACUGGUGUAUUUAAUUCAAUGUGGAUGUACGCCCUCCUCUGUUUUAACUUUGUCUGUAAUUCAAUGUGGAUGUAUGCCUUUCUCAGACUGUCAGCCCCAGUUUGCGAGACGGUCUUGUCUUCUGUUUAGCAGCACUUGUCUGGCUGUCAGAGUCUCUCAGAAAUAGCUGCCUCUAACAAGGCUGGGGCUGACCUCUUUUUGUGUGUGAUGUGCAGGGUGAGUCUACUGAAGCUGAUGUCUUAUUCCGACUGCAGGUGUUUGCACCCUGGGCAUUCUGAGUUCUUUGCGGUCAGUUAACCAUACAAAUGAGCCGUCUCUGUGACAGUAAUAGCGUUUGCUGAAUGAAACAUUUUAGGAGAGUAUUGUUCAAGUACAAAUGCACAUGGCAGUCAGUGCACAAGAUCCAAUUAUUUCUGUUGUUGUGUGCAUGUGGUGUCUUUUGUAUUGUGCCUAUUUGGCAAAUUAUGUGAAGUGACACACAGUAAGAGAAGCCCUUUGAUUUUCAAUUAAAGAAAACUGCUAUACUCCAGCUUUUACUGCUUUAUGAAUAUCCUGGUAUUUUUCUCAUAUAUACACAUCAUUCACGCCCAUUUUCCUUUUUUCAAUUUUGAAAUAAACUGAAUAAAACCCAUCAAAAUGAAGAGGGCCUUAACCCAACACACAAAGUACUGUAUUAACUAGUGCUUUAAAAUGUGAUUGUAGAUAACUGAAAAACUCCAUAUAAUUUCCAUGCCAUUUAGUCUAUGACCCUUAUAAAAGUUUAUGACAGUAAAAACACAGCAAAGUGUAAUAAUGAAAGCAUGCUAACACAUAGGUGAGCAUUGCAAAUCCUAGAGAGGUCUGGUAUUUAGAAAAACCAAUGGAUAGUAUAAACCUACACAAUUGCCAUGCAAAUGUGCUGCAGUAAACUUUUAUAAGGGAGAUUUCAAAUGUGUAGUUUUGAAAAGAACAUACAUGUAUUUUCAUAUUGAAGCAUGCUAUCUAGUACUGCCCUGGCUUAACAUAAUCUCUGUUUGCAGGCUUUUGAUAGUCUCGCACUUUCUUAGUCAUUUUUCCAGGAUAGUGGAAUUGUCCCCGCCCCUUCGGGACCUUCUUUCCUGUUAACCAAUCCGCUGUUUCCUUUAAUGACUGACAUGCUUUGCAGCCAGUCAGACCCUUUGCCCCCGAAGACACUGACCUAGGAAGUGAAGCUGUAACAGAUCUCCAGGAAGGCAAGGCAAGCAUACUCUGAACUUUCUUUUACUGUUGCGUGUUUAUUUAAAAACAUUGUUUGCAAUGUAUUUGUUAGCUGCAACACCUUUUCAGGUGAUACCUGACUGGACAUUUGAAGGGUUUUGUUCUCCCAAUUCACGUCCUUCCUCUGUUCAAGGCAACAGGACCACACUUCCUGAGCCCACAAAGGAUCCAAUAGGUGGCGAAGAAUGCCAGUGCAAGCUCAGCUGGGGCGAAACUAAUAGCAACCAGGAUAUUCCAAGAUGUUUAAACUGUGAUAACUGUAAAAUGUAUAGAUGGUGGUGCUUAUCUUAUGAGACUCCAGGACAGUAUGUUGUUUUUAAAGCUAGACAUUGUAAUUCAUCGCUUUACCUACAUUAAAGCAAGUGCAAAGAGACAUGCUUGAAGUUCAAAGAAUCCUAAAAGGAGCUGACAAAUAUAGCCAUAGCGAUUACUUUAAGCACAGCACAGAAACCAGGACCAGAGGACACAGGUGGAAAUUAAAUGGAGACAGACUAAGCACAGAGGGUAGGAGACACUUCUGCACACACAGAGUGGUGAGAAUGGGAUACCUAGUCAUGUUGUUGAUGUUGAAUCACUGGGUUCCUUUAAGACCCGACUUGAGACAAUUCUGAAAUCAAUCAGCUACUAGGAACCGAAUGAGCACAGAUGGGCUGAAUGGUCUCCUCUUGUUAUUAUUAUUAUAUUCUUUGCAUUUGCUUUAAAAUACAGGCCCUGUGAGUGAAAUCUAUGUAAUAAUAUUAAUAGCUAUGUAUUAUCAAAUAUGAAGUAGACAGGAACACCAUGCAUCUUUAGACAACAAUAAUCAAUACACCGCGGUGUUCUAGAACUGCUUGUGAAUCAAUGCACUGUGAUUGGAAAACAAUAAAUAUGAAUAAUGACAUGGUGUCCGUUCCUUUGCAGGUUUUUUUUAAAUUAUGAUUUAUAAUAAAGUGAUGUGAUAUCAGGCAAGCUGAAAUAAACAAGUUCAGUUUUUUAUUUUAUUUUACUCACCACAUGAUCUCCACAACUAAUACAAUAUCAAGGGAAAUGCUAUAGAAAAUCUGAAAAAUCACAUUGGGGUCCCAUAAGCCCUGUGCAUUGCCCUAAUGAGCAGAACUAUACAGUAUAUAGACCCCAACAUUACCACAUUGGAUUUGCAUGGAUUCUGGCAUGGUAUCAUGAGUCUAUCAUGUAUUACCAGGAGUGUUUAUUGUUUAUACCAUUAUGAUACCAUUGAAGAUAUAUGCCGUUCUUGUUGUCGUACCAUUCUACCAAUGGCACUCGUUCCAUUCUGCCCAUUGUACCUUAUAAAUAGUAAAAGCAAAGCAAUAAAGCACAGUGCAAGCUUAGGUAAGCACUACCCAGAGAUGCAUGGUAAAGCAUACUAAAAAAAUGCAUAUAAAACCAUUAGAAAAUUACUGUGCAAAUUGACCAUAGUAAACUUUUAUAAGGGGGUGGGUUCUAUUGAAGAUCAUUUGGGAAGGUUUCUUGUGUAAAAUGGAAUUUUAACAUAAAUAUUUAAAAACAUGUCUACACCUCAUUAGCUUGUCAGCAUUUUGCUCUUUUUUUCUGGACAUAAUGUUGCUAACACGAGGUACGUUAUUUUGGUCUUUACACCUUUCAAGACGACAGAAUCCUAAGGGCUCUUGUGUAUGACUUGAAAUGACACACGGUCAUGUAAGCAGAUGCACAUCUAUGUAAUGCCAGAUGCCGUCUCUAUGGGGGAGCUGCUGGAGGGUCCGCAUAUCAGUUUAGCUCUAGACAUUCUCGUUGCUGUCUCUUUGUUAUCUCUCCACAGCUUUAAGACACAACAGUAUGACAUACCAUAGCAAUAGAGCAAACAAUUUCCACGUCAGAUUCAACUGAAGAACUGAGCGCAGUGUAAAAAGCACAGUAACCCUCUAGCGAUCUUAAGCUGUGUUUCUCCUGCCUCAAACCCUGCUCUGAAUACUAUUCCCCAAGAGCACUGUGCUGUUCCUCCCCUCCCUCUGCAAGCAGGUUGAUUUAUGAAAUGAUCUGCCGUUACUUUAAUUACAAGUGUAAGCAUUACUGUCAGUGGAAACGAUUACGAGGCUCGAGAGAACGGGGCUCAGAACACAUCUAAGCAUGCAGCUGAGAACAGCAACACUGGGCAAGUGCCACAUGUCUCACAGAGAGUGUGAGACUCUCACUGCUUCACCACAGGGAGCACACAGUGACCGGAGACCGUGUGCUAAUUAUUACACUAAAGAGAGUAAGGAUAUGGAAUAUCAAGCCUUGAUUAAUGGGUCAUCAAUAGGCUCAAUUACCCACAGAAACCAACUUGUUGUUUCAGUCUGCUGUGUGACACUGUGCCCCUACAGUGUGCCUUCCAUACAAGGAACCAGCUGUGUACGGGAGACCUGUCACUCUCGUAGGUGGAUCUGUGGAAAGUAUUUUGUACAUGUGGGUAACUGUGCCUGAAUGUGGAGCUUGUCUUU